AUGCUCUCGGAUCCAUCCCUAUCUUCACUGCAUGCUUGUAGACAAAUUCCAAUCAUAUCCUACAAAAGCACUCCCAAUGAGAGAAAACACGAAAUACGAUCUGCUCUCACAUCCAUUGGUUUUUUCUACUUGGUUGAUCAUCCAUUGUUUUCUGAUAUUCGGAAAGCUUUCGAGUAUUCUAAAAAGUUUUUUGAUUUGCCAGUCGAAGUGAAAAAUCAAUUUCACACUCUCAAAGGUGGAAGUGGAUACAUUUCCAAGAGUUCAGAACGACUCAACCGAAAGGAUAUUGAUUUUAAGGAGGCAUAUAAUGUGAGAUUUAAAAAUUGUCCCAAUGACCAAGGUGAAGAAGUGAAUUAUUUUCCUGAUGAGACACAAUUUCAUGACUUGCAAGGUUUUGAAAAAUUCAGUAAGGACUUGUUUAAUUCUUUGCAUGAUUUGUUGUGUGAAAUUUUGGAUGAUUUACAAAGUAGUUUGACCAUUCGAAACAAAACGAGUACAAUGGAGCAAUUGGAACAUAAUUAUUUCUCGUCGACUCAUAGUGAUAAGGAACAUUCAUUGAGGUAUUUGCAUUACCCAAAAAUCGAAAAGAAUGAUUCAACCACUAGAAAUGGAGCAGGUUUGCAUUGUGACUAUGGAUCAAUAACAUUACUUUUUCAGGAUGAUGUUGGAGGAUUGCAAGUAUUGAAUAGAGAGACCAAUGAAAUGAUGGAUGCUCCCUAUGUCCCAGAUGCAAUGAUUGUAAAUUGUGGAGAUUUGAUGCAAGAAUGGACUGAUGGAGAAUAUAAAAGCGUGCCUCAUCAAGUAGUGCUUUCGAACUAUGAUCGUGACAGAUAUAGUAUUGCAUAUUUUGGUCAGCCUAAUAAGGAUUGCUAUAUUAGCUCAAUUAACAUGACAGCCCAUGAUUAUCUCAUGAAAAAGUUUGAAGAGAGUUAUCACAUUAAGCAGCAAUCCAAACCAACGACAACCACUCCUUAA